GCAGGCCGGCCUCCCUGCCCGAUGGAGGCAGUCUUGGUGAUGGCUGCGGAAGAAGAGGACACGUUCUGCCAGAGAACAGAGGCAGAGAACGGAGCAACGUGCGGGCAAAUGCAUCUGGAGCUCUUUGUCCGCCGAGGAAGCCGGGGGGAGCUGCCUACUCAAGACAGGGGGCUGUGUUUUGGGAGCUGAGCCUUGAUCCCCACCUCCCAAGAUGGCCACCCUUACAAGCAGCUCGAGCUUGGACCUCGCCAACGCUGCCCCGUCCACCUCCCUCGCCUCGCCUUUCUUGGAGGACAAACCCAAAGCGAAAACCCUCUUCCAGUUUGGCUCCCUCUUCCCUAGCCGGAGCGAACGGUUUGUCAUUGCGCGCAGCGACAGCAUGCCGGAAGAGAACGUCCUGAAGAUCACCAUCACCGAGACCACCGUCAUUGAGUCGGACCUGGGCAUCUGGAGUUCUUAUGCCCUCAUCUACCUCACUUUGUGGUUCUUCUUCAGCUUUUGCACCCUGUUUUUGAACAAGUACAUCCUGUCCCUGCUGGAAGGGGAGCCGAGCAUGCUGGGCGCUGUUCAAAUGCUCUCUACCACCUGUAUCGGCUGUGUCAAAAUGUUCAUCCCCUGCUGUCUUUACCAGCAUAAAAGCCGCCUCUCCUACCCUCCCAAUUUCAUCAUGAUUAUGCUGUUUGUCGGCCUGAUGCGAUUUGCAACAGUGGUUUUGGGGCUCGUCAGCCUGAAGAACGUGGCGGUUUCCUUUGCCGAGACAGUGAAAAGCUCUGCGCCCAUCUUUACUGUUAUUAUGUCUCGCAUGAUUUUAGGAGAAUACACCGGGCUCUUUGUGAAUCUCUCUCUGGUCCCUGUGAUGGGCGGGCUGGCACUGUGCACUGCGACCGAGCUGAGCUUCAACAUCCUCGGCUUCUCGGCAGCUUUGUCGACAAACAUUAUGGACUGUUUGCAGAAUGUCUUCUCCAAAAAACUGCUCAGUGGGGACAAGUACCGUUUCUCUGCUCCUGAGCUUCAGUUCUACACGAGUGCAGCUGCUGUGAUCAUGCUGAUUCCUGCCUGGGUCUUUUUCAUGGAUAUGCCGGUGAUUGGGAAAAGCGGGCGGAGCUUCCAGUACAACCAGGACAUUGUGGUGCUGCUCCUGAUGGACGGGGUGCUGUUCCACCUUCAAAGCGUCACAGCUUACGCUUUGAUGGGCAAGAUUUCCCCAGUAACUUUCAGUGUUGCCAGCACGGUGAAGCACGCCCUGUCCAUCUGGCUAAGCAUCAUUGUCUUUGGAAACAAGAUCACUAGCCUCUCGGCCAUCGGGACAGUGCUGGUAAUCAUUGGGGUCCUGCUGUAUAACCGAGCAAAGCAGCACCAACAGGAAACCCUCCAGAGUCUGGUGGGAACAGCCACAGCCCUCCAGCUGUCUCCAGGUGUAAAGGAAGACACCGAGCCGCUCAUUUCCAAGGACUCCCAUCCAUUCGAAUGAGACCUCCUCCUGCAUCUCUUCUGCCUUAACUUUGCUGCGCUGACGUUUAGAGGAAUGGUAUUUUUCUUUCGAAGUCCUCGGGAUUAGCUGUGAAUGCUACCCAAGGCCCGUUGCGCUCACGGUAAGAAAGAUGGGAGGCAAGACGAGGCGAGAAACAGAAGCAUCGGAUGGAAGAGCCCUUCCUACGUCGGCUUUGCACUCUGCUGCCGCUAUAUACAAGCCUGUCUGAAAGCCACUUUGGGUGCAUCUCCACCAGAGCAAUGUAAAAUCCAGCAGAGUUUGCCACAGAUGCCCAGUGGGCUCAAACCGUCUGCUGCUCCACUGAUCAUUUGAAUUUCUUUGCCUGCGCGUGUGAAGGGAAAGCAAAAGUCUGCUUGAUCCAUGUAUUGGCCACUGUCCACCCCUACGGUGGUCCAACCUCCCAAGGGAAUCAUCUUCUGAAGUCUCAAAACGGCAAAAUGUCUUUUCAGGGAGCCACAGGAUUUCAUAACCACUAGCAUAGUGUGCAUCCAAUGUGCCCCCUCCCAGGGACAUCCUCUGCUAAGCCACAGUCCUAGACAUCAGUGGGAAUCUCUGGAUGGAACUUUCUGAAGAUGUUCUGCUGCGAUGUCAUCAGUGUUCUGAGCAAAGGUAGUCUCUGUCACAGCCACUCCAACCAAGCUAAAAUUUCAGGUUUCCCUGGAAUGGACCUUGUUGAAUGGUUUGUGGGGAGAGCUGAGAAACAUUUUGCACAGAUGGUAAGGGAAAGACUGCCCAAACUUUAUUUUAUUUUAUUUCUGUACCGCUUGAGGGCAGGCGAUCAACCCCGUCAACUUUGGAAAUCAGGAUGCCUUGCUAAUAGGAAUCAAGAAGUGAUUUGGGGAAAGGCACACUAGAAACGGUUGUUUCUAGUUUCUCCUGAAUUUAAGGAUAGACUCAUUUGGGAUUGUAAAAUGAAGAGGGAAUGGUGUAUUGGGUAUUGUCCUGGAUUAUGUGGUAUGAUGCUGUUAAGCAACCAGAUUGCCAGAAAGCUGCUGGAGAAGGAAAUGAGAUUUAGUCGAGGAAGGCCCUCUCUCCAAACGAAUGCUGAGAAUCCCGUUACGACUGUGGGAAGCUGUCCUUAUCUCUAGCCUCUGGCACCAUUGAGUUAAUUCCUUCCUCCUUUACUGCCAUUCCAUCAAUGUCCUCGUGACCAGUAUUGAUAGGCAAGGGCCAAAUUGUGCUCCCAGGCUGUUAGCUUCUUACCCGGAAGUAAAAAGUGAACAGCCACCGAACCAUGGAGACUCCUGUGAAUUGAGCAGCUUGAAGCUCUCAACCUGUCUACAUCAUCUUUUCUAUAGUCCAGAGGAACUAAAUGUGGUCCAAUGUUAAUUGUAGGAAAAAUAACGUUUACACCCAGCACGUUAAUAUGUAAUGUAUUUUCAUUUCAAAAAUCCAUCGCAUUUGAAAUGAAUGUAUUUUGAAAUGUAUUUUCAUUUCAAAAAUACAUCACAUUCCACAUUUCCUGACUUGUCAGCCAGGAAACUAAAUUUGCUGCCCGACUCCAAAUUUUUUUUCCCCUCUUCCCCCCCUCCCCUCUGUUUUCUUAGCCUUUGCGCUAAAAUGGUAAAGCAAACGAUGCUUUGUGUAAGAGAAUACGCAGAGCGCUGGACUUUGGAUGCAAAAUUUCUCAGGCGGAAUAGGCUCCUGCUGUUUGUCCCUCUGAAAUGGCGAAACAUGUUCUCUUUUCCUGGGCAAACUUGAAGGCAAACCUUUUACUGGUGCUUUUGUGUUGGGGCCAAAUCGUCAAUGUUUCGGAUGCCAGAAUAAGACUGAAAACAGUCAGAUAUUCAGAGACUGACUUAAGAAAGCGGGUGGCCUUGCUUUCAAGCAUCAUCAACCGGGCAUCACUCUGAUGACCACUUUAAAAUCUUGACUAGACCAAUCCUGUGGAUGACCUUUCAUGACCUGUGUAAGACGCAAAUGAUUUCCGAUGUGCUUGUUGUUAAAGGGUUUUUUCCCCCCAGGAAAGAAACUCGCAAUGGGGUGUAAUCUGUAUCUGUUUUCUGUUUUCUUCUCCGAAGUCUGCAUUGAAUAAAUAAAAAUUAAAAGUCA